CUGAAUCUGGCAAUACCAAAUUUGUAAAUAAAGCAUGACCAAUCAGAGUGUUCUGUCACUUAAUGUAUGACGUGUCUAAAAUGAACACACAAAAUAUUUAAGAUUCAUGAUACAUUUAAUAACGAUACAUUUUAUAAGGCACAAUAUACUAUAUGAUUCCUAUGAAACACAGAUCAAAUUGAAUCAUGUUAACAUUGAAAUGCAACACCUUUCUUAAAAUAUGUAUAUCCACUUUUAUUUAUAUUGUUAGCUUUUGUCUGUCCAGGCCAGCAGAGGGCAGUAGAGCACUCACUGCUUACUUCACCCCAUUGGUGUGAUCAUUGAUUAGAUAAGAAUAAGAUAUUAGUGUUAUGCUAAUGGUUGGAUCUAGCUGUAGCUAGCUACUUUAUUGAUAUCUUCCUAACCAGACAGGUAAAUAAUUACAAAUAUUAUGUCAUAUGAAAAGGCUGACCUAGCCUAAUACAAGAAGCUAAGUAGCUAGUUGUAUAAAUUACUUAGUAUAAAUUACUUAAUGUUGCAUGUGUAAUUCAACUUGAUCUGCAUUUCAAUGAAAAUUCUGAAAUGUAUAUAAUUUUUCCUUUUCACUAGUCUCUUGAAUUAUGGAGAAUGUCUUACAGACAUUGGAUCCAAAGCUUUGUAUAAUUUGUGGGAAACAAUUUGAAAAGGGCAAGAAAAAAGAUCCCUAUGUCCAAAACCCCACAGUAGAAGGCCUCCAACGCAUACUUAACCUUGCUCAGCAGAGAGAUGAUGAUGUCCAUAAAACUCUGGCUCCAUAUACAGAUGACAUACUUUCCUCCAAAAUCAAAGUUUCAUAUCAUGUAUCAUGUAGAGCGAACUACUGCAGUAAGACAAAAAUCAGUGAGCAGCAGCAAGUUGCAAAUGUUGAGAGUGAGAGCACAUCUGCACCAAGAAGGCUGAGUAGGGCUGAUACAACAUCAUUUGAAAUACGGAGAGAUUGUUUCAUUUGUGGGAAGGCCAGCUCUAGACCAGAACCUCUGACACCCAUUUCGACUGGUACAGGCACAAGUACCAGAGACAAGGUCCUUCGGGCAGCUUCUGAAAGGCUUGAUGAAGAUGUACAUCUUCGAAUUCUUUCAUGCCCAGAUCUUUUUGCAUAUGAUGCCAAAUACCACAAAAUGUGCCUUGCACACUACAUCUCGGAACGAAAUAUAGCAGCUGCCAGACGAAGAAAAGAAACAGAAAAGCAGACCAGUGUCUAUGACAAAGCCUUUAUUAAGCUCACUGAAGACAUUGAUAAAACAGUAUUGUCCAAAUAUAUGAAAGUGAAGACACUCACCUCUUUGACUGAUAGCUAUGACAACAUACUAAAGACCAUUGCUGAGAAAGAAGGUGUGUCCAUAGUUCAACACAAGAAAUAUAGAUCCUGGAAACUAAAGGAAAAGCUGAUACAGCAUUACAAAGACAGGCUUGUAUUUGUUCCACGUCCAGGACAGUCAGAUCUGAUCUGCUCAGAAAGUAUGACCAUAGGUUAUGCACUGAGGGAAGCUGCUAAACUCACAGAAAUAACAGUAGACAGUGAGACAACAUUUCCACAGACAAGUCAGAGUCUUUCCGAAAUCCAAAUAUUACACCGGGCUGCAGACAUAUUGAGGAAAAGCAUGGAGCAGAUAGAGCAUGACAGUCAAUCAUAUGUCAGCAGUGACCGUCUAUCACGUCUCCAAUGCAGCAAGUAUGUACCCAACAUCCUGUAUGACUUUGUCAACUGGUGUGUUGAUUCAGAUGCCCACAGAGAUUACCAAACAUGUGAUGAUGACCCAGCUUCAAAGGACAAUCUCUGUAUUAUCGCAAUCUGUCAUGAUCUCAUUGGACAGAGCUGUCACAUCCAUACGCCAAUCACACUGGGACUUGCCAUUUUGAUACAUCAUGAGUUUGGUAGUAAGACACUCAUCAAUGAGCUCAGUGCAAUGGGGCACUGUGUUUCCUAUACAGAGGUUAGGCACUUCCUCACAUCUGUGGCAGCAGACCAAAUAUCAAGGACAGAGAGUGGUGUCUACAUCCCAACUGGCCUCACUGGAGUUGCUGAACAUGGAAUUGUUGAUGCAGCCAUCGACAACUUUGACCAAAAUGAAGACACCCUGGAUGGGAAGCGUACAACUCAUGCUAUGGCGUCUGUUGUGUUCCGAAGAGGCCAAGUCUCCACAGCAGAUAAAUGCCUAGCACGGGUUCCACAGAGGUCCCUCACCACCUUAAACACGUUUGAUAUGAAUGAAGAUAAACUUUACAGAUACAUCAAAUCUACAAAGCGACCCGAACCACCUGAACUUGCCCAACCUGAGUUACUGCACACAAAUACAACAAUCUCUAAAGCAGCUGAAGACAGAGAUCUGGUAUGGAAGCUGUCCAGAAAUUUAUUUGAGAAUCAACAGCAUGUCCCUGCUUGGUCUGCAUUUAAUGCCUUCACAUCAGACACUGCUUGUUCAGUAGCCAGUGUUCUCUACCUGCCCUUCAUAAGAGAAUCACCCUCAGAAUUGUCCACCAUCUACACAGCUAUGAUACGACUUGUACAGCUUGCUGCAGAACUGGGACAGCACACUCCAACUCAGUUUUGUUAG